GGGCCUGUCACAGCUAAGAUGGGAGCCCAAGCCUGCACCGCAUUGCUCCUCGCCUCACUCCUGGGGGCCCUGAUGCUGCCGGCCCAGGGAACUGACCACCAGGAUGGAAUAGACAUCUACAGCUUGAAAUUGGACUCUAGAGUGACCUCACGCUUUGCCCACACAGUCAUUACCAGCCGGGUGGUCAACAGGGCAAAUGAAGCCAAAGAGGCCCUCUUUGAAGUGGAGCUGCCCAAGACAGCAUUCAUCACCAACUACUCCAUGCUCAUCGAUGGGGUUACGUACCCAGGGAAUAUCAAGGAGAAGGCAGCUGCUCAAGAGCAGUACAAAACAGCUGUAUCCCGAGGGGAGAGUGCUGGUCUGGUCAAAGCUGUAGGGAGAAAGGUGGAGACAUUCCAGGUGGCGGUGAACGUGGCGCCAUCCGCCAAGGUCACUUUUGAACUCGUUUACGAGGAGCUGCUGAAGCGGCAACUGGGGAAAUACAAGCUGCUGCUGAACAUCCUACCCAAACAGCUUGUCAAACACCUGCAGAUGGAUGUCCACAUCUUUGAGCCUCAGGGUAUCGCUUUCCUGGAGACAGAGAGCACCUUUAUGACCAGCAACCUGAUGGAUGCCUUAUCUGUGAUCCAGAAUGAAACCAAGGCCCACAUCCUGUUCAAGCCAAAGGAGCCAAGUCAAGGGGACACCAUCCUGGAUGGAAGCUUCAUCGUGCGCUAUGAUGUGCGCCAGGACAUGAUUGAAAAUGGCAUCCAGAUCGUGAAUGGCUACUUCGUACAUUACUUUGCACCAACUGGCCUGUCCACGCUGCCCAAAAGCAUAGUCUUUGUCAUCGACAAGAGCGGCUCCAUGGAUGGGAGGAAGAUUGCACAGACCCGAGACGCUCUGCUGAAGAUCUUGGGAGACCUGAACCCUGAAGACCAAUUCAACUUGGUCGUCUUCAACAGCCGGAUUUCCCAGUGGCAGCCGUCUCUGCUGAAAGCCACCCAGGAGAACGUGGGCAGCGCCAAAAAAUUCGUUUUGGACAUCAGAGCUUCAGGAGGAACAAACAUAAAUGAGGCCCUGCUGGCAGCCAUACACCUACUGGAUGAAAGCAACCAGCGAGAGUUGGUUCCUGAGAAUAGUGUGUCUAUGAUCAUCCUGCUCACAGAUGGUGAGCCCACCGUGGGUGAAACUAACCCCGAGAACAUUCAGCAAAAUAUACAGAGAAGCCUGGAUGGCAAGUAUGCCCUAUUCUGCCUCGGCUUUGGCUUUGAUGUCAGUUAUUCCUUCCUGGAGAAGAUGGCACUGGACAACAGCGGGCUGGCCCGUCGCAUCUAUGAGGAUUCGGACGCAGCCCUGCAACUCCAGGAUUUCUAUCAGGAGGUGGCCACACCAUUGUUGAAGCACGUGGAGUUUGAGUUUCAAGAUAACACUGUUCUGGAGCUGUCACAGAACAACUUCAAUCUCUUCUUCAAAGGCUCUGAGCUGGUAGUGGCUGGGAAACUCCACAAUAAAGAGCAAGAGAAGCUGUCGGUUCUAAUCAAAGGCCAGUCGAAUGGCAAGAACUUAACAUUCGAAGCGGAAGCCAAUGUGGCUGAGAAGGAGAAGGUGUUUCAAAAGCAGAAGUACAUUUUUGGCAGCUUCAUGGAGAGGCUGUGGGCCUAUCUGACGAUCCAGCAGCUGCUGGAGAAAGCUGUUUCAGCCACAGGAGAAGAGCGGACGAAAUUGGAAGCCCGAGCUCUGGCCUUGUCCCUGAACUUCAGCUUCGUCACCCCUCUCACGUCCAUGGUGGUCACCAAGCCAGGCACCGAAGAUGAGGUCCAGUUGGCCGAAAAGCCUUCUGAAUCUGAUAAUGAGCAAGUGGACUCCAGGUUUCAUCCUGGUAGAGGAAGAGGAGUAUCUCAGAGGGUUAACUCCAGGAUGUUCCUGCAGAAAAGUCACUUUCAAGCACCUUCUUCCAACCUUUUGCUGACCAAGGGGAGCUCUUCAAGCCCUCAGUAUCACUCAGCACCCAGAGCGUGGGGGCCUGCAGGAGAGGACUCUUCUGGCCUUCCCACCUCAGCAGGUAGCUUCAGGUUGCGGAACAGGGGACCAGAAGGACCGAGGAGGUUAGCCAGACCAGCAGUUCCUGGGAGCUUGAUGGAUGUUGCCUUGGAGUCAGAGCAUUAUUUCUUAAGAGUUUUUACGACCAGCACUCCUACUGGGGUCUCAGUGAAAGACACCGCUCACUUUAUCCUGCCCCUGCCGGGCCACAGCGACGUCCUGUGUCUGAAUGUCCUCAGUUCAUCCGAGGCCCCACUCGACCUGAUCACUGACCCCAUUCAAGGUAUCACUGUGAGGGGCAAGUUUGAGACGCCAUUGUCUCAGUUUGUGUGGUUGGAAGUCACCUACCAGGAGCCCCCUGUGCAGGUCCGUGUGACCAAAGACCAGAUUGAAGUGACUCGCAACGGAAGGACCUCGCCUCAGAUGUGGAAGGGGACGCUCUUCCUGUCAAUGAGCGGGCUGAGGAUCACCAUGGAAAAGGGAAAGCGCCUGAUGCUCGCUGCCCCCGGCAAAGUCACCAUUGGCCUCGUCUCCCAGGACGUUCCCCAACCAGCCCUAGGGCUCUACUUGGAAGACACUUCCCGGUUUUCAGACCAAGUCACCGGGGCCAUUGGUCAGUUUUACUGUGAUGCCCAUCUGGAAGCUCCUGGUGCCGAGCAAAGUAAUGGUGAGAGAGAGCUGAGUGUCCAGGGACAGAAGCUCCCAGUCACCAGUCAAACCAAGAAGGAUUUCAGAGGAGAAGAGAGAACCAUCUCCUGUUGGGUGCUGGAGAAAUCCUUCUAAUGGGGACACUUCAUUUGCCUGCAGCAUCCACAAACCUCAAGGUUCCAGCCCUUUCGAUACUAGUCCUAAUUUCCUCCCCAAGCUCCGACUUGGACGGGGUUUCUCGGCUGCCGCAGGCAAAGACAAAUCUUUUUCAAAAUGGCCCCUCCUGUGUAUGCCCCAUCUGACCUGGUCCAGGUCUCUGUGGCAGGAGCAAUGUAAAGCCCUGCUAUUCCAAG